CGGUGAGGCCAGCGGGAUCCCGACGCCGCUUCAUUCGCCCGCCGACCCCGCUGGCCGCGCUUCCUGCUAGUCGCCGCGCUCUGCCCGCCGCCGCCAUGGCCCAAGCCGACAUCGCACUGAUCGGACUGGCUGUCAUGGGCCAGAACUUAAUACUGAACAUGAAUGACCACGGCUUUGUGGUGUGUGCUUUUAACAGGACAGUCUCCAAAGUAGAUGAUUUCUUGGCCAAUGAGGCAAAGGGAACCAAAGUGAUUGGUGCACAGUCCUUGAAGGAGAUGGUCUCCAAGCUGAAGAAGCCCCGGCGGAUCAUCCUGCUUGUGAAGGCUGGCCAAGCUGUGGAUGACUUCAUUGACAAACUGGUGCCAUUGCUGGACUCCGGUGACAUCAUCAUUGAUGGAGGGAAUUCUGAAUAUCGAGAUACUACAAGACGAUGUCGAGACCUGAAGGCCAAGGGACUCUUGUUUGUGGGAAGUGGCGUCAGUGGUGGCGAGGAAGGGGCUCGGUACGGCCCGUCACUCAUGCCCGGAGGGAACAAAGAAGCUUGGCCUCACAUCAAGACAAUCUUCCAAAGCAUUGCUGCGAAAGUGGGGACCGGAGAACCCUGCUGUGACUGGGUGGGAGACGAGGGGGCCGGGCACUUCGUGAAGAUGGUGCACAACGGGAUAGAGUACGGAGACAUGCAGCUGAUCUGCGAGGCGUACCACUUGAUGAAGGAUGUGCUGGGCCUGGAGCAUGAGGAGAUGGCCCAGACGUUUGAGGAAUGGAAUAAGACGGAGCUAGACUCGUUCCUGAUCGAAAUCACAGCUAAUAUUCUCAAAUUCCGAGACAGCGACGGCCAGGAGCUGCUGCCCAAGAUCAGAGACAGUGCGGGGCAGAAGGGCACAGGGAAGUGGACGGCCAUCUCCGCCCUGGAGUAUGGGGUUCCGGUCACCCUCAUCGGAGAAGCUGUCUUUGCUCGCUGUUUGUCAUCUCUCAAGGACGAGAGGAUUCAAGCCAGCAAGAAACUGAAGGGUCCCCAGAAGGCCCAGUUUGAAGGCAGCAAGCAGUCAUUCCUGGAGGACAUUCGGAAGGCGCUCUAUGCCUCCAAAAUCAUCUCGUACGCUCAAGGCUUCAUGCUGCUCAGACAGGCCGCCACUGAAUUUGGCUGGACGCUCAAUUACGGUGGCAUUGCCCUCAUGUGGAGAGGAGGCUGCAUCAUCAGAAGUGUCUUUCUGGGCAAGAUUAAAGAUGCGUUUGAUCGAAACCCAGACCUCCAGAACCUGCUACUGGAUGACUUCUUUAAGUCCGCUGUGGAGAACUGCCAGGACUCGUGGCGGCGGGCCGUGAGCACUGGCGUGCAGCAGGGCAUCCCCAUGCCCUGCUUCUCCACUGCCCUGGCCUUCUACGACGGCUACAGACACGAGAUGCUGCCGGCCAACCUCAUCCAGGCGCAGCGGGAUUACUUUGGGGCGCACACCUAUGAACUCUUGGCCAAACCGGGACAGUUUAUCCAUACCAACUGGACAGGCCACGGCGGCAGCGUGUCGUCCUCUUCCUACAACGCCUAAUGGGGCGCCCGCCCCCCUCCUCCCCAGAACGGACAUUCCGUGCGCAGCACUCCAGGGCCCUUUGCCCUGCUUCCUGCUCAGAUCUUUUAGCCAAGGUUCCCCAGGGCCUAAGUAACAAGUGGUCCCGGAACUACCACGUGACCGUCCUCCACACCCUUGGGCGCUGUGGUCAAAGCGGCUGCAGCCCCUCGUGGACGGACGGGCUUUGUGGGUUUGAUCAUGCUGGAACUGGCGUCCUGCUGCUCCUCCCUUCUCUACUCAGUGAGCACCGCACAGCCCCACCCCUGCCUUCCCCCCACACUCCUGGCCACACUCCUGGCCAGAGGAUGGCACUGAGGGCCUCACAUUCCACUGGGCUGUGUGAAUUCACUCCCACCCCUCCCCGCCUCCACUUAACAAAGACCCCAAGUAACACAAGAAACACCAGGCUGAGGACAGUGAGGGGCCUGGGCUGGAGGCGCGGGCUGCGGGCUGCGGGCGCUGGGCAGAGGGUGUGUGGGUCGUGGGAACGCUCUGUACCUGCUCUAUCAUGUUCUUUACAAUAAAUCUUUUUGAGAAUUCCA